UCUUUGCGUCCGACGCUUGAGCAAAACCCGGUUCUCGCAAGAAUCAUCAUCAUGCGAGGUCCACACAUUAUUAGUCAGAGAUCUUGGACAUGAGUCAUCGACGGCUAUGACAUUUUUCCGCGCGGCAAUCGCGAGAAAAAUUUACCAGUCAUCUGAUACCAACAUGGCAAGUAGCAUGUUUCGACAUGAUCGGGAAAUAAUCCAUAUAAAGACUCAGAAAGUAUGCGGCCUCACCCUAUCAGGAAGCAACAUUUUAUUAGGACAAAAUGACAUUUCGGGGGUUUCUUCCGAACGCAUAAUACUAGAUGAAACGAGGGACUCAAAUAACAUUUCAUCUAUUGCGAUCUCCAUGCGUACCUUCGCUUUGUUUAUACCACCUCUUUCGCAUGACCUUGACAAAACGCACACAAUUUAUGAUCUCAUGAAUUCCGAGAUACUUAUUUGGUCUCUAAUCGGAGGAUCAUUUGUGAAUGGCGUACAACAAAAUGUGUCCUUGACACACCGUUACAUUCCGCUUGACUCAGGGACGGCUCGGGAGUACGGUCGGUGUAACGAGGUUCGUGGCACCAUAUUGAUAACUGUAAUUUUUAGAUGGAUUUGGGAUGCACAAUUUAUUGACAGUUUUUCUAAAUGA